CUCGGGGGUUCCCUAGUUCUAUUGGAAAAAUUCCUUUUGAUCUAGGUGGAAGGAUACAGGAUUUUUUACUAGAAAUUGCGCUCGCUAUAAAAUAAAAGUUUUAAUUUAGGUUUUCCCGCAACUAAAGAAAAAGAGAAUGCAAGAAUUCUUCUUAUUGCAUAAUAAAAUAAAGAAACCUUAGAAUUCCGUUUGCAUAAGAUACGCUACACCAUUGAAAUCAAAAAUAGAGUAUGAGACAAUUAAUAACUUUGAAAACACGAAAUAGUUGAUGACAUAAGUUGUUGUUCAGAAAUAGGAAAGUGGAAUGAAAUCCAGUCUUAGUCAAAUAUUGCAUAUCUCUUCGUGUCCAAGCAGAAGGAAAAGGAUACAAUUUGAGCUGAGCGGAAAAUCCAUAUCUCUCUUAUCCAUUUAAAACAUAUGGAUUUAGAGCAUAUGGAUCAAUCUAUUUAUAAUUAUAAGAAUCGAAUGUGUUUGUUUUUAUGUUAUUUUGUGAAGGAAUGAAAACAAUUCUAUAUAGAAUGGCUUGGGAAUUAUGCCUAGAUCCCGUGUAAAUGGAAAUUUCAUUGAUAAGACCUUCUCAAUUAUAGCCAAUAUUUUAUUGCGAAUAAUUCCGACAACCUCAGGAGAAAAAAAGGCAUUUACUUAUUAUAGAGAUGGGAUGUUGGCUCAAUCCGAAGGAAAUUAUGCGGAAGCUUUGCAAAAUUAUUAUGAAGCUACGCGACUAGAAAUCGAUCCCUAUGAUCGAAGUUAUAUACUCUAUAACAUAGGCCUUAUACACACAAGCAAUGGAGAGCAUACAAAGGCUUUGGAAUAUUAUUUCCGGGCACUAGAACGAAACCCCUUCUUACCGCAAGCUUUUAAUAAUAUGGCCGUGAUCUGUCAUUACCGAGGAGAACAGGCCAUUCUAGAGGGUGAUUCGGAAAUUGCGGAAGCUUGGUUUGAUCAAGCUGCUGAAUAUUGGAAACAAGCUAUAGCGCUUACUCCGGGAAAUUAUAUUGAAGCACAAAACUGGUUGAAGAUUACGAAGCGCUUUGAAUUUGAAUAAGACCAUGCUCCUUUUUUUUCCUAAAAUGGAUGGUUUGGUUGUUGAUCCAUUAAUCAAAUAAAUUAGGUCGUAAGAUCGAAUCAAGAAUUUCAUUAUAUCCAUUUCUUAUACCUUCUAUUUUAUAAGAUAUUUCAUAAGAAUAAACCAUAGGGAUAGGGUCUAGAAUAGAAGUAAUAAAGUGAAUAAAAAAAAGGGGGCCAAUCUAAAUAUUGCUAAUAUAUUAGAACCAUCUUAUUAAUAAUUCUAAUGAGUUAUCUUGGAAUUUAGAAUCAAAUAAAAAAUAAAAAACCCUAUAUUAUGCUCAAGGAAAGUAGAUAUAGAUAGGAGCUUAUGCCCUAAAAAAAAAUACACUAGUUUCUUAAAUUUAAAA